AUGCCUGAGAUGCAGACCUUCUUCCACACCAUGCGCCGCUCCCCCAGCCUCUACCUGGACCCUACCUUCAUGCAGCGGCGGGUCCUGGAGGAUCAGGUGGAGCUGUGGUGGUUCAGGGAGCCUCGGCGCUCCUUGCUGUGCUACUGCGCCUCGGUUGCCCUCAUCCUGGGGCUGGGCCUCGGCGGCGUUGGCCUCCUCUCCACCACCACCAGCCUGUCGGGGGAAUGGCGUCUCGGCGUGGGCACCACCCUCUGCCUCUUGGCCCUCGCCGUUCUCCUCAAGCAGCUCCUCAGCUCUGCCAUACAGGACAUGAACUGUGUGCGCAGCCGGCGUCGAAUCGACCAGCUGAAGAGCGGCGGGAGGGCUGACCCGGCGCUCAUUUUAGCCGUGGGGCUGGCGGUGACUCUGUGCGGGACGGUGCUGCUCUGUUUGGCCGCCGUGGGCACCCGGGGUCACGACAGCAGGGAGAUGCUGGUGUCCGGUCUGGUGCUGAUGGCCGCCGGGGCGGGCAUGGCUCUGGCCGUGGUGGCCUACAGUGUGCUGGUGUACCUCAAAAGGAGAAGGGAGCAGAGGAUGAGGAGGAGGAUGAGGAUGAACAGAGCGAGGAGGCUGGGGAGUCGAGCCGUCCGGGUGUUCAAUGUCUCAGGGGGGCAGAUGAGUCAGGUCAGGAGGGAGGCAUCCUCCAGCAGGACCAGUCUGAUCUGA